AUGCGAGACGUGAUGUGAUUGAGGAGGAGGAGGUGCGUGUGCGAUCCAUACAAUUUACUGUCGAUCGACAAAAAUGAGUGAAGAAUUGUUGUCAAAUGGAAAACAAUUACUCCGCACACAUGCUGCUCUCUCAGUAUCUUCGGAUGCUGUGACCUUGUGCCGUGGAUGGCGUCUCUUGCGGUGGCAUUGUUUCCAUCCAACGUUCUUUCGGCUGCGGCGUGGCCAAACACCAUUGGCGCGCAAACGUCGUCUCGCAAGAGCGGGAAGCGUGUGCUUUCAUUUUUAACGACAUCUCACCAUCCUCGCGGCCAACAUCUUGCGGAUCACGAGGGGAUUAUCGCGGCUGUGGCACCGCAAGAACGUAAUCGCGCGCGCGCGAUGGAGAAGAAGUUGUCGCCAAAAGUUGUGCAUCUGGAUUGUGUUCUGUGUGCGGGAGCAUUCUAUAAAAGACGCCCGGUUGCUGGCGCUCGGCACAGUCAUCUCUUGAUUCUCACUGUUGCGAGUUCUGGUACGUCCAGCAAGCGCUCCAUAGUCCCACAUUUUUCUUUUAAGUUCUCUCCAAGAUGAAAGUGUUUGUUGUGUUGUCCGCCCUUGUGGCCGUUGCCGUUGCUGCCCCCUCUGGAGCUGCCAUCCUGGCCGGUCCAGCAGUCUAUGCUGCCACUCCCCUUGUCAGCCAGUACCACUCACAGGAUGAACUGGGACAGUACUCAUAUGGAUACAGCGGUGGCCCAUCUGCCAAGACUGAGACCAAGACCUUCGAUGGCAUCACACGCGGUGCCUACAGCUACAUCGAUGCCAACGGUCUCCUGCAGUCCGUUGAGUACACUGCCGAUCCCAUCCACGGUUUCCGUGCUGCCGCCACCAACCUCCCCGUGGCUCCCGUUGACACCGGCGUUGCCCCCGAGCCCGUCAAGGAUACCCCCGAAGUUGUGGCUGCGCGCGCCCAGCACCUCGCCGCCAUUGACGAAGCCAAGAUCAAGAGCGCCGAAUUGCCAGUCGUUGAGACUAAGAUCGUGAAGGAACCCGAGCUCAUUGCUCCCGUGACCCGCCUUGCUGCCCCAAUUGCCGCUCCCCUGGCUGCUCCAGUGCUCCUCCGUGCAUCCGAAACCAUCCCAACACCCCUGCGCUUCGGCUACUCCUACGCCGCUCCAGCUUACUACAACUACGCUGCCCCAUACAGCUUCGCCUACCCCGGCUACACCGGCUACACCACCUAUGCUAGCCCCUUCAUUGCCCGUGCCUACCCAUGGACCAUCCCUGCUGCCGUUCUCCCAGCUCCAGUCACCGAUACCCCCGAAGUGGCCAAGGCGAAGGAGGAACAUCUCGGUGUUGUCGUGGAGGCCAAGAGCGCCCAGUAAAUUUUCACUUUCUACUAAUCAACCACCACCACCACCCCCUGACUGACUGACCGAGUUCCCCAUUCCCGGAACGUGUUAAUGAAUCUCUCCACAAAUCUUCCUCACGGUCAAACACCCACGAAUCGAGUCAAGAAUUAAAAAAAAAGAAACAGAGAACAAAACCGAAAAUUUAAUGAGUUUAUGCUGCCAAGACGAAUAAAUAUCCGUGUAGAGAAAAA